CGACCGUCGACCGCAACUUUCAAAUUUCGCGCCUUCGCCUUCAACCUGAUCUGCACGAAGUCUGCAACUCAUUCUCACUUUUAUCCUCAUCCUACGAACUGUCAGGAAGGUCCCUUAACCCCUCCGACCGACCGUUAUCAUGUCUUCUCCAUUGAGCGCAGUAAGUCACCUCAACAAAAGCUCCAUGAGCUCCCCACACCCCCUUUUGGUCAAUCUGAUCCUCGUGUCACGUCUCAGUACCAUUCUGGGGUUUGUUCUUUUGCACCAUACACAGGACCUGUUACUGAUGCUGUAUCCUGUCCAGAUUAAGAUUCGCAGAAAGAAGAAUGUCAAGAAGGGUAUCCAGUUCUGCUUGAUGGUCUGUGGUGCCUCCGGUACAGGUACGUUGGGAAGUUGUGCGACUUGACCUGCGGAUACAGCGAUUGACUCGAAUUUUCUAGGGCGAACUACAUUCGUGAACACACUCUGCGGAAAGAAGGUUCUAUCAGGCUUAGAUGCCGAUGACGCGACAAAUGCACACGUCGAGGAGGGGGUGAAGAUUAAGCCCAUCACAGUUGGUACGAGUCGAGUCCAUGGACAUGUGCGGAUUCAAACGUUACUGACUACAACCCAGAGUUGGAACUGGAUGAGGAGGGAACCCGCAUUUCUCUCACAAUCGUCGACACACCUGGUUUUGGAGAUUUGAUUGACAACGAGGCAAGGUACGCAUGAUAUGUGUAACAUUGGGCCUGGAUGUAGCUGACAAUGAUGAAGUUUCGGUGAAAUUGUCGGUUACCUUGAGCGACAAUACGACGAUAUUCUCGCAGAGGAGUCUCGUAUCAAGCGUAAUCCACGUUUCCGCGAUAACCGUGUUCAUGCUUUACUUUACUUCAUCACACCAACCGGCCAUGGGUAAGUGAAUUCACCAGGGUCCUUCCCAGUAUUAACAUUUUUUCUUCAGUCUUCGGGAAUUGGAUAUUGAACUCAUGAAACGCCUAUCUCCCCGUGUCAAUGUUAUUCCAGUUAUUGGUAAAGCCGAUUCCCUUACACCUGCAGAGCUGGCUGAGUCGAAGAAACUGGUGAUGGAGGAUAUCGAACAUUACCGUAUUCCAGUUUACAACUUCCCAUACGAUAUCGAAGAGGAUGAUGAAGACACUGUUGAGGAAAAUGCUGAACUUCGUGGGCUUAUGCCGUUCGCCAUUGUUGGCUCCGAAGAGGUUGUUGAGAUUGGUGGCCGCAAAGUUAGAGCAAGACAAUACCCAUGGGGAGUGGUAGAGGUGGACAACCCAAGACAUUCCGAUUUCCUCGCCAUUAGAAGUGCCCUCCUCCACAGUCAUUUGGCAGAUUUGAAGGAAAUCACACAUGAUUUCCUGUAUGAAAAUUACCGAACGGAGAAACUUAGUAAAAGUGUUGAGGGUGGUGCUGGAGCGUAAGUUUACCCACUAUACUUUGAUGAAAUGAAUACUGACAUCUUUGCAGUGAUUCUUCGAUGAACCCUGAGGAUUUGGCAUCCCAAUCUGUUCGCCUAAAGGAGGAGCAGUUGAGACGUGAAGAGGAGAAGCUUCGAGAAAUCGAACUCAAGGUCCAACGGGAGAUCAACGAGAAGAGACAAGAGUUGCUGGCACGUGAGAGUCAAUUGAAGGAGAUUGAGGCACGAAUGAACCGUGAGCACAGUGCACAGAUGGAGGCGGCUCAGAAUGGAGCGGACCACGAGUAA